GCCCUGCUGGUCAUGGAUCUGGCACAGCAAGUGCGGGCACUGAGCCGCUGGGCGACCGAGGAGAUGGGGGUUCCCGCGGCGGCCCGGCCCUCGGAGUCGACGCUGCGUAGGCUGUGUCUGGGCCAGGGGGCCGACAUCUGGGCCUACGUCUUGCGGCAUGUGCACAGCCAGAGAAGUGUCAAGAAGAUCCAAGGAAACCUCCUCUGGUAUGGCCACCAGGACGACCCAGAGGUUCGUCAGAAGUCAGAGCUGGAAGCCAGUGUGGCCCAUCUACGGACAGAGAUCCAAGAGCUGGAACAGAGCCUGGAGCUGAUAGAGCAAGAGAACGAGACUCAUGACACUGCCAUGGAACAGGCGCUGCAGAAUGUGCGAGACACACAGCGUUGUGCUCUUCUCCUCCGGGCCAAAGCAGGAGCCAUGAGAAGACAGCAACGUGGGCUCCGAGAUCCCAUGCAGUGGCUGCAGAACCAGCUCAGCCACCUGCAGGAUAUCGAAAGGAAGGCCAAAGCAGAAGUGACCUUUGAACACCUGACACCAGAGUCCCUGGGCGUGGAGCCUGUGGUCCUGCGUGAUGUGCGAACAGUCUGCAACCUCCGGGCCCAGUUCCUGCAGAACCUCCUGACUCCCCAGACCAGGGAAGGCAGUGUCCAAACCAUCCCCGAUGACCACUUUGGAGCUUCCUACCAGCAGUGGCUUAGCUCUGUGGAGACACUGCUGACCAACCACCCCCCAGGCCAUGUGCUGGCUGCUCUGGAGCACCUGGCUGCAGAGCGGGAGUCUGAGAUUCAGUCCCUGUGCAGUGGGCACAGCCUGGAAGAUGUGGAGCCACCCAGGUCCCAGGCCCUGGACCAGAUGGACUCCAGCCAGGCUCUGCCAUCCAUGGAACAUCUCCUCCAGGAGGGUUGGCAGACUGUGGGUGCACUGCUCUCCCAGCGGGGUGCCCUCCUCAAGGAGCAUCAGGUCCUGAGACAGCGCCUUCAGAGCCUGGUGGAGGAGAUGGGGAGCCGUACCCUAGGAUCCAGCGAAAGGCAGGCACUAAUGCUGGAGCUUCGGAGGUGUGGCCUGCAGGCAGAACUCAAGGCCCUGCGUGCCCAGAGCCAGGAGCUGGAGGAUGCAGCCAGGCACCAGCAACUCCUGCUGAGAGAACUGCAGGCCAAACAGCAGCGGAUCCUACACUGGCGUAGGCGGGUGGAAGAGACACAGGAACAGAUCCGCCUGCUCAUCAAGGGAAACUCGGCCAGCAAGACCCGCCUGGGCCGGAUCCCAGGGGAGGUGCUGGCCCUGAUUCAGGAGAAGGUGGUCCCCUUGGCAGAGGCAGUAGCCCCACAGAGCCAGGAACUGCUUCGCUGUCUGCAGGAAGAAGCCCAUCAUCUGGUCCACCUUCCCCUGAACAGCCUGCUGCAGCCCAGCCCCAGAGGGUUGGAACCCCUUCCCACAUUCCUGCCAUCUAUCUACCAGCUGCACCCCGCCUGCCCAAAGAGCUCAAGCCUUGUAGCACUGGGCCGUAUCCUGGGGCUGCCCAGAGGGCAGGCACCGGAACUGCUCCUCCCGAGGGCCGCCUCUCUUUGCCAGGACCUUCUGUUGCUCCAGGACCAGCAGCAUCUUCGGGGCUGGGAUCUGCUCCGAGUGAAGACCAACCUGCCGCCGGGACCAUCCCCCCAGGAACUGCUGCAGAUCCUGGCAGCGCAGGAAAAGGAACAGAAGGAGAAUCCCGGCAGAGCCCUAAGGAGGCUUGAGAAUCUGCUGAAACAGGCACUGGAGCGAAUCCCUGAACUGCAGGUGGCUGUGACGGACUGGUGGGAGCAGCCGGGCCAAGGUGCCCUCACCGAGGAGCUCUGCCAAGGCCUGUCCCUAUGCCAGUGGCGGCUGCGCUGGGCGCAGGCCCAGGGGGCCCUACAGCAGCUGUGCAGAUGAAGGGUCUCAAACAGAAGUCACCACGUUCAUGUUUGUCUGCCCAUCACAGCACUUCACAUUGCCCAGAAGGACACAUUGCCAGGACUUGGCCCCCACCACUUUGCCUGUCGCCACACCUGCAGCCCUGCUCACAUGCUGUGCUGUGGCUGCUCACAAGGCCCUUGCCCUGCCCUUUCAUCCCCCCUCCCUCAGCCAAGAGGGCAUUCCGAGCACCCCUGAAAGUUCUUGUCACCUUCACUCUCAUCAAAAAGCAAUUGAGCAUCUCCUCUGGAUGCUCGAGAUACAGCGGAGGGCUCGGGGGAGACAGGACACACGCAGCUCCUGCCUUCAGGGAGGUGCAGUCUAGGACGUGGAGACAGAUCGUUGACAAGUAGAUAGGUUAGCUGCUGUAGAGAAUAGAGCAGGUGCGUGUGUGGUUUAAGCAGAGGCCCCGUACCAGCAGAGUGUCCGAGAAGGGCUCGUGGGCAGCAGCUAUGGCACGUGCCAAGGCCUCUUGUGUCCAGUGUCACUCUCCACCUGUCAUUGCCACUGUGCUUUGGCUACAAAAGCUUUGUGAUAUCCUGUAGGAUGUGAGAUAACCCUUGUUGUUCAAGUUUACUUGUCUCUGCUUGCUAAGUUUUCCCCUAAAAUAAAGAGAAAUUCGCACUUAACCUUCCCAGCUCCAGACAAAAGCCAAUGGGUGAUAGUUUGACACCUUUGUUGUGCACCUCCUCCCAGCUCCUCUGAGACUUGAUCCGCCUCUCCCCCACACACACUUCCCAACUUUGCUUCUGUUCCUGGUUGCCUUGUCACAGUUUUACACAUUGGCUACCCUGUUCACACACCCUAGUGUCCCCUGCUCCGCAGCGGGUCCUACUAGUCUCUGAAUGUAAGAGAUCUUCACCUUGCUGAAUUUGUUUCCAUGACACAUCUUCUAACAUAAAUUGUU